UUACAACAGUUCGGUCCGUAGCAGCUACAAUUGUGAUUCAGUACGAUUUAGUCCGCGCGGAAAUCAUUGUCGCAAAGUGCCGUGUCUCAAUAUACAUACUUGAUUUAUCAAUGUAAAUCUGUUUUUUUUUAUUCUAUCGAUUUCGUUCAGUCUCGCGAAAAAACUUAAUAAAUAAAAUGAGAUGAAACGGAAGUGCGUGUGCGCGGUGAGAGAAAGAGAGGACGAUUAAAAACGCGCGAUUUUUUUCUCUGGAGAUAAGUGAUCGAAAAAUUAAGAUAAAACGAACAAUGGAGGAAGUGUCCGUGGAGAAUGCCAAAAUAUCGGACUCGGGAUACUCCAAUACGUGCAGUAACAGUCAGUCACAGCGCAGUAGCGGCAGCUCGAUCUCGAGGAACAGCAAUCGCUCCGAAAGCAGCGGCUAUUGUGAUAGACGUCCUUCGACUUUCGGAUCCAGCAAUGAGGCGUUACCGCAGCCGAUUAGCAAGAGAAAGGACAAGGAACACAAGAAGAAGAAGUCGAAAGCGGUGUCGGCGCUUAACACCGCCGACGCGGAAGUCGGUCUGAAGACGGUGAACGCGCUGCCGGAAGCGGCGUCCUAUAACAACGUCGCGCCGGCGAACGUCACACUUGACAAGAAACCAGAAGAGGUAGCCACCGAAAUAGAAUUGGUAGACGCAACGGAUCCCGGCGAGCACAACGGCGACACCGUCGCAGAUCCGGAAGCAGGACUUGCUUCACGAACGAUUCCUCUGGACGAUUCCACGUCUCAGGCCAAUGAGGGAUUUUGCGCGGUGAUUUCAAUGCACGACGGUCUUGUGCUGUACACAACCCCGUCAAUAUCCAACGCUCUCGGUUAUCUCAAAGACGCCUGGAUCGAUCGGUCCUUUAUCGAUUACGUGCAUCCGAAGGACAAGACUAUUCUGGCCGAUCAGAUUGCCAGCAUCGCAUCGCAAGAGGAACGAUCCAAAGGCAUCAACGGUAGAAGAGCGAGCUUGUUCUGCGGUCUGCGCAAGUUCACUAAAUGCAACGUGCCGAACGGAUACUGCGCCAGGUCGAACCUCUACCUGCCGUUUCACCUGACUCUGUCGUUCCGGGAUUUUCGAAACCGGACGGCCGAGCAACAGCCCAGCAAUCGGACUAUGUUUCUCGUAGUUACCGCUCAACCCGUUCAUUCUGCAUACAAAGCGCCAGAAGAAACAAUAAUAUCUUCGGUAUUCACGACCCGCCACACAGCGACGUGCUACCUAUCCCAUGUCGAUCCCGAUGUAGUCCAAUACUUCGGCUAUCUACCACAGGAUAUGAUUGGCCGUUCGCUGUUUGACUUCUACCAUCCCGAGGAUCUGCCCUUCAUCAAAGACAUCUAUGAGACUGUGAUCAGACUCGAAGGCUUCUCCUUCAGAUCGAAGCCGUACAGGUUCGCCGUUCAAAAUGGAGACUACGUCAUUCUCGAGACCGAGUGGUCGUCCUUUAUCAAUCCCUGGACGAAAAAACUAGAGUUUGUCGUAGGUCAGCACCGCGUGCUCAAGGGCCCGAUGGAUCCGGACAUCUUUCGCGUGCCGCGCGACAACGAGCGCAGCUACCUCGCCAGCAUCAGCGAGGAGGUGUUGAAAGAGGCCAAGAUUAUUCAAAGCGAGAUACGAGCUCUUCUUGACGAGAGCGUCCAAAGAACGUCAGAUAUAAACGAGCUCGACGUGUCGAAGCGAUGUAAGGACCUAGCGUCCUUCAUGGAAAGUCUGCUGCAGGAGACGAAGACGCCCGGCGUCGGCAAGGACGGACCGCUCGCGAUGGACGAACUCAGGAGCUUUUCGGGAUCACGCAAUCCCUUGUUGCAGGAGCACGACAGCGUGAUGUUCGGUGAGAUCUCGCCCCAUCACGAGUACUACGACAGCAAGUCCUCCACGGAGACGCCGCCGAGUUACAAUCAGCUCAACUAUAACGAGAACAUCGAGCGUUUCUUCAAGAGCAAGCCGCUGGUCGCUACUAUGUACGGUAGCGACGAGGAAAACGUCAAUUCCAGUAACGACGAAGGCGCGAGGAAAUGCAUGUCACCGAUAAACGGGAGCGGCGCGAGCGGGAGCGGUAGCGCGGAGAACCUGAGCAGCGGGUCGAACAAUCAGAUGAGCUCGGCAAGUCGAGGUGACGCGCCGUCCAACACCGCUAGCAACAGCAACACCACCGCGACGGAGAGCUUCAAACUGCCCACGCUGACCGAAUCGUUGCUGAAUCGCCACAACGAGGACAUGGAGAAGCUGAUGAUGCAGAAACACCGCGAGCUGCGCUCCAGCAUCAAGAACAGCGACAAGCUGAAGGAUCCGCGCAUCAAAACGGAUAAGGUCAACGGGACGAAUCAGAACGCUCAUUAUGUCAAUCAGGGUCACGGGAUCAAGAGGAGCGGCAGUCGCAGCUGGGAGGAUGACAGCUUCAAGAUAUCGAAGCACGACAAAAUCUCGAGGACAAGCACAGCGGGUCCGGCGAACGUCACAACCACCGUCGCGAGCAUGAGCGUCGAUCAAUCGACCGUGGUCCAGACGGGUGCGAAUAUCAAUCUGUGGCCACCGCUCGCGUCGGUCACUGUGCCCUCUUCCACGCCUUCUCAACCUUGCGUUCCGUCCCAGAGUACUAAUUCGGGAGUACCUAGAUUUCCGUUAUUCCCGUCGAUGAUACCAAUUUAUUACGUGCCGGUGCCUCAACCCAACGAGUCCGCGACCAUGAUAUCGCCGUCCCAGGAGAAGCUUAGUUCGUCGACUCAACCGACGCCGCCAAAUCCUUACAUGUCUUAUGUCGCGACAGCGAUGGCCGGAAUGAUUUAUCCGACAAUAAUCGGCGCUCCACCGCCCCGUGCGAUGAUGUAUCAACCCUUUCUGAUACCUGAGCAAGCAUCGGCGGUAAAUGCGACGGCUCGCGAGAAUCAGCAGCUGUCCAAUGACAAGUGUCCGGAUCACAAACGACCGGCCAGUCAAGCAACCAGCAUCAAAGCCGAGCCAGGAAGCAUAAUGGCUAUGUCCGAGUCUUCUAAAAAAGUUCUCUCACCGGACGAAUUGUUCUCUUCGUGUGUGAGCAACGACGGCGGCUGUUCGAGCGUGAUAGAUCUUCUCACGCCGGUGAUCAAGAAGGAGCAUCGUCGACCGAACGAUUACAACGGGGAUGAGUCGAGCUCGUCCAGCUUCUACAGUAGUUUCCUAUACAAGAGCAGCGACAGCAGCAAUCCGGAUCAGAAGACAUGCGAGGUCUCUUCCGAGGAUCACACCAAGUGUCAGCAAGGGAUGCGUAGAAAGGAUCCGCCCUGGCUGGAGGAUGUACAUUUGACACCGGAACUGAUUUACGAGUACCAGAUGGAUUCAAAAACGUUGAGCGAAGUGUUAAAAGCCGAUAUGAACGCGAUGAAAAAAUUCAACCAGCCGUUAUUAGUGAAUGAUCAGUUGGCGCAACUCUAUCUCGACCUGGAGAUGGAAGGUUUCGGUACGGAACUCGUCCUCGAAGAUGGGAUCACGUCGAGCGGAAGCGACAGCGGGAGCAGCAACGGAAGUUGGACCGAGUCUCAGCGUAAGCAAAAAAGAAGAAUGGUGAAGUACGGUAAGCUCGUGAUGAUUCAUGACGAGAACGCGCCUUUGCCGCCACCGCUACCGUCUCAGACGCCUGUACCCUGUCGACACUCAUAGGAAAUUGUGGUCGAUUUGCCGCGAACGAGUGCAAAACACUUUCGAGAUCAAUAUUCGUUUCAUUACUCUUGCAUUCGUUUCAUUAAUCUCAGAUGUGCUCAACAUAUUUUUUUUUAAUUUUUACUCACAUCGUAUUCUACUCUUCUUUUGUUUAGGGUAUAUUAUCUCACCUUCGAAGCGAGUGAAAUCAGUGAAAGAAACUUUUGUCCGGGAUUAGUGGUAAUUUUUUAUUUCUUGUGUAAAAUAAAACGUUUAUAUAUUUUUACUUCCUACAAUCGUCAAUAAGUUAAUUUUGAGCGUAAAUCACCGAAGAGAGACAGAGAAGUCUUCUCUUCUUUCGCUCUUUUAUUAAUUGCUUUUAUAGUUACGAUUUUGAAAAUAUAAGUGUAUAGUUUUAAACUAGCAUGUGUUUAUAAUAGAUAUAUAUAUAUAUAUAUAUUAAAAUAAAUAUAACAUAAUACCAAUUAAAUUUAUUAAUCAACGUGUAUAUAAACAACGAAUGAAAUGCACUCGGUAGGUUAACUGGUUUUUGUAUCUUUUUUACGAAAUAUAUAUAUAAUUAAUUUCUAUCUAAAGAAGAAAUAAUAUAAGAGAGAAAGAAUGAUUAUCGGAACGAUCCGAAUUGGGUUGUCAAAAUAAAAUUUGUCGAGGAGAAAUUUUCUGGACAUAGAUUUUUCUGACAUUGCCUUAUCUAAAGCAUCGAGUUCGAGCGCGACACUUUUCAAAUUUAGAGUACAAAGAAAAUGACACACGCAUUUUUCGCUCGCCCGACAUACACAAGUAUACAUACACAAAUUGUUUUAACGUUCAACGUUCGCAUUGUACACUUGUUUUUGUAUACACUAUUACAUUUGUAAAUAUGUAUUAUAACAAUUGAUUGGGAACCACAUUUCUACGGAGAUAUAUAUGCACAGAGUAAAAAAAAAUACUUUUGAUAGAAUAAUUCUUCUGUUUUCUAUUGUAAUUUUUUCGAUGCUCUUUUUGGAACAUUUGUCACACGCGAAAAUGUAUUUUUCUGACUUUGAAGCACUGUAUAAAAACAUCAACAUCCGAUAUAUUUACGUCUUGCUUAGAAAAUAGCCGAAGUUAAUAAAUUAUGCGCGAUCGUGCAUUUCAUUCGAGAUACGUACAAUUAUUAAGUAAUGAAAAGGUCGUUAAGUACAAGAAACUUGACAAAUAUAUAUAUAUAUUGUACAAUAUAUAUGUAUAUACAUUUAUCAAGUUUCUCAUAUUUAAUGAUCCAAUAUCAUUUGUAGUUUCUAUUUAAAAUAAAUUCGAUAAGUGCAUCUUAAUUGUGUAACGAGGAAAAUAGAACACGCGAUGACUAAUAUAAUUAGAUAAAUUUAAGCUUGUAUAUCACGUGUUUAGAAAAUAAUGAUCCACGUGAGAGAUACCAGCCGGACUUCGCUUUACGUAACUAAAACACUUCGAGUUAUAUAUAAUAAUACAAUAGGUCACUUUUUUAGAGCUAAAUUAAAUGUAUACAAAAUUACAUGUAACCAUUAAACUGCUAAACAGUAAGCGAAUUUCUUUAAUUAAGAGCAUUUCUUUAAUUAAGUUUUUAAUUGAGUAAAACGUGAUCCAUUGCAACGUUAUUCAACAUUUCAACUAUUUUGUUUAGAUUUGCAAUUUCCUUAGAUGUUUGCACUUUUUAAUUUUUAAUUUGUUAAUUUUCUAAAGUUUUUUUUAUACAUUAAUUUAACUCUAAAAGACCUGUUGCAUUAUAUAUUUUUGCUAAGCAAGUGGAGCAUUGAAUUUAGGAUUUGUAAUAUCAAGUGAUUGCAAUUGGAAUUUGUAUUGUUUGAUAGAAAUCUAUUUCAGAACCUUUUGGACCAGCAAAUUACCUCGGAUAUUGUAAAAGGAAUCUGAAUGUUAAUGAUACUAAGUAUAGUAAAUACUACAAAUCAAAAGCAAAGAAUAAGAUAUUUUAUAUACUACGUUAUUUGCAUAUACACACACAUAUGUGUAUAUAUAUAUAUGUGUGUAUAUAUAUGUCGUACCACGUACGGUGCUUGACAUGCAGAUUCCAUUGCGUAUACGAUAUCGUUAUAAGAAGCAAGAUAUUUUAUAUACUAUGGUGAUUUAGCGGAUCGAGAUCUCCAAAACAUUCGAAAUCUAGUCUGAACUUUAAAUUUUUUAAAUUUUUUAGAUCUGUGUGUGUGUGCGUGUGUUGCUCUUGUAUGCAUUUUCACAUGACAACUAUUUUCUAUAUGAAAUCCUGCGUAGCGACUGUUCCUCAGUGAGAAAAAAAAUAAAACGAAAGAUUAGCGAAGCUGGAUUUUAGCGAUCUUUCCUACAUGAUAUAUCCAAGGUAUACUCUAUGCAUGUUUUGUAACAGCAAAAGUGUGCAGGAAAUUAAAUUAUUUAAUUUCAAUGUGAUGCACAGUCAAAAUUAAUUUUUUAUACAAAUUAUACAUGUAU